AUGGUAGCAGAAAGACGCAUUUGUCACCCAGAGACACAGCUCCAGUACAAGUGCUGUGUGACAGAGAAAGAGAUGUUGUCGCAGAAAGAUGGCCAGGAGUCUGGAAGUGUUGGAUACUGGAAUACGGAUAUUGACACGUUGAGAAUAAUUCCUAAAAAGAUCUCCGAGGAACGAUUAGAUGCAGUUCACGUCAGAGUAUACAAAAGAGCAUGUGAGAGCAAUAAGAAAUCAGUGGCUGACACCGACGGAAGAGAUUCGGCCUUACUGAAAGGCAGUAAAGCUCAAAAGGCAAUGAUCAGUUACCACUGCGCUGGAUUCCGAAGUCUAAACAAAAUGUUUUAUUCAAGAGUGCACGAAGUUGAAAGUCUAAUUUGGCACUUUUUACGUGAAAACGGUCACCAUUAUGAAGAGAAGGAUUUGAUUCCUCCAGCACGAAGUGUUCGUUCUUUUUUGGAAGCGCAAACAACGGAACAUGCAUAA